CAAGUGUGUGGGGGGGGAGAGACGGAGAGGCACGAUGAUAAAAACCCAAUUAAGGUCUGUUCUGCUCUGCAGAUGAAUGAAUGCAUACACGCACGUAUGAAUAUCUACACAUGAUGACAGACAGAGAAGGCCCACGACGUCAGACGAAAAAGAACGGGCGAGACAUGCAUCCGCGCGUGACCCCCCUCACGAAGCGCGAGGGAGAAAACGAGUCGAGGACGGGUAUGGUCAGAUCACAAAAAGAAGCCCGCCUGCCUGCAGCGAGGCCAUCACAGGCAAGCGAGCAACAGUAGCAACACCCAACGGCUGGCCCCAGCAGCCUUUCCAGCCAGCCAAUGCCACCAUCC